CGCCCGGGCCAUUCCAGUCUCAUCAACCUCUUCCGACCUAAUCUCUCAUUACUUUAUCCCUCUUCAGUUCCUUUCUCCGCUUCACCCUCGUUUCUAUCAAGAAUGCCGGGCUACUGAAGGUUGCGCGCAACUCACAUUCUCCGACGGUCCCGCCGCCGUUAGUUAUGCUUCUAGGGUCUUCAGGGUCUUCAGGGACCUCAGCGACUUCAGGGUCUUGGCCCUUCGCUCCCUCACUCUCGCUCUCGACAUUUUUCUACCUUUCACUCGCUCUUACCACCAGUAUUCUCGCACAAGAUGUUCAACUUCGACCUACCGCCGCUUCCAGCUCAUUUCCAGCCUGCGGAUUGACCUGCUCCGUCCUCGCACAAGCCGACGAUUCCUGCACACCUCCCACCGCUCAGGUGACCAAUCAAGAGACUUACGUCUCCUGCUUCUGCCAGUCAGACCUCCUGAAGAAUUUCCAGACGACCGCCGAUGGGACAUGUGAUGACACCUGCACGAGUACCGAAGAUCGUCAGCUCCUGCAGCAGUGGUAUGUCGAUUUCUGCAACAGCGGAGGCGGUACGGAAAGCAAUUCCGGAUCGACGGAAGACUCGACGAGUAACAGCAACUCGGAGAACAAUAGCGGUAGCGGAAAUAAUAGUAAUAAUGGCACUUCAAACGCAAAUUCUACGGCGGACAGCUCCGGCUCCUCCGCGGCUUCUGGCAGAGCGGGUCCAGAAUCAUGGUGGGAUGGCCAUUACCAGUGGGUGAUCAUGGUUAUUGUCCUUGCUGUCGGAUUCACCGUCAUAGCCAUUGUCGGGGUCUGGCUCAAACGGCGCCACGACAAAAAGCAUCCGAACCUUUACCACGCUACUCAAAGCGCAAGCGACAGCCGGAUAUUCCAGAACCGCAACCCGGAGGCUCUCGUGCCGCGCGCUCGCUCUGUCAACACAGUCUCCUUCGCCAGCAGCUCGCGCACAAACGUUGGCCCGCUGAAUCGGCAAGGUCCCUCGCCAUCGCCUUUGCAAAAUUCGCAAGGCGUAGAUAGCGGCGUGGAGAUCAGGGAGGCACCGCGAUAGCCAACUACUAGCUUAUCUUCUAGUUGUCCGAUUCAGUCUGGUUUAUCCUCGCUACCUUCGUUCAAUGUCGACAUGCGCUUGUUCUAAUAGUGCUGCCGUUUAUUGCAUAUACCUGGCGUUCCGCGUCUAUUUCCGUUCUCUGUUGAAAUUUCAUCACGGUAUACGUGCAUCUAAUUCGGAUUGAGCUGUUCCGUUGUUCCAUUCGCUGGAUGGUCUGUCUUUACGAGCUUUAUUCCUUUCCUUGCUUUUAACUCUUUUUUGGCCCUACACAGCAACUUCCUUUCUAUGCCGUCUAUCUGAUGGACGAUUGCAUGAGCUAGCAUGAACUAACCGAGAAAAAAUUCGAACU